AAAGGUGCUCAAGGUCAAAUUGGGAGUCCCGGCUCUAUUGGACCACUUGGUAGCCCAGGUCCUGCAGGAUCCCUUGGUCAGAGGGGUCAAGAUGGCCAACCUGGUCAACAGGGUCCUCAAGGAGUUCCAGGGCCAAGUGGAGUUGGUCAACCUGGUCCACAAGGUCCAGCGGGACCAACUGGUUUACCAGGAACUCAAGGUCAACCUGGUGAUCCUGGAGCUCAAGGUCAACAAGGACCUCAAGGUCCACAAGGUCAGAAAGGAGAACCAGGAUUACAAGGCCAACCUGGACCUGUUGGACCAGUUGGAUCUCCAGGAUUAGCUGGUUUGUUUUUUUGUUAUAUUUUUUUAAGCUCUUUUGAUAUUUUUGUUUUUAUUUUCGUACAGUUCAUAAACUUCUGUUAA